AUUAGGUUGGCAGCAAUAAAACCACUGUCGCUUAUCGCCAUUAAAUGCAAGAUUUCAAUUUUUUCAUCUACCAUUCCUAAAUGUGUUAAAUUAUCUAACGUUAAGCAUUGAUAUUGCACAUUUUUCACUACGAAAAUCAUGAAUUUUGAAUCUCCAAACCCAGAUUUUACGAAAGAUGUGACCAUGGAUUCAACUCGUAAUGGACUACAAAAUAAAUUCAACGGUUUUUAUUCAAGGUCGAGACCACAGUUUCAAGAUUGCAGUCCUUUGUUGCGCACUGCGUACUCUCAUAACCCUCAAAGAAGGAGUAACUCACAGAACAGCAGUAAUAACCAAUAUAAUAAACCUGUAUACAAUAGAUUAGGACAGUGCAAUAAUUCUUACAAAAGCAGUAGCAUAAGUAAGGAUGCACAAAAGGAUGAUAAUAGUAACUCUAAAAGGAUGUAUAAUAGGAAGAGACCAAGCGACGGCGGGGUGGGUUCUAGUGGUUCAAAACGUAAAUGGAACAAGAGAACUCCAUAUUACCAAAACUCUACCAAUAACCAACAUAAUUUAGCCCAAAGUAGGAUGGACAGGAUUAGGAAUAAUAGUGUACAAGAGGACGAAAUUGUUAUUCACAAUGAGGUUUCUGGAACAACGUCAAACUUUAAUGACACUCAAGAUAUUGACGCCACUGAUAUUACUGUUGAAGUUAUCAAUUCAGCAGCCCAAGUUAGGGAUGAAGAAGAUCAAAUUCAAAAAUUUAAGAUGAUUUUGGAUCCAAAGACACAAGCGGCGAUUAAAACGAUUCAACAAAAGAGAAAAGACAAACAAGUCAUUUUUCCAUUUCCUGUUACACCAAAUGUGACAGGCAUUACUCUCCAUGAAAGGUUCACUACCUUGUAAGCACUUCAGUUUUCUGAUAUUGUAAAUUUUAAAGAAUGUUUUGCUAUUUUUUGGUUGUUUUUUUAAAGUUUGUCAUAUUGUUUCUAAUAGCCGCAUUUUUAUCAUCUUGCAUCUUCUGUUAAAAAAAAACGUAAUCUCAACUGUGUAUUGCUUAUGAAAUUUAACAUUUAAUUCGAGGAGUUACUUUUAUUUUUGGCUGUUUUUGUUUAAGCGGUUUCAUACCUAAUAAACAGUUACUUUCAUUAGAAUAUAAUUUAUUUUUAUUACUUGUUAGGUAUUCACAUUUGUUCCGGUAUUUUUUUAAAGAAAUAUAAACUUAAAGGAA